AUGUCCCCGAAGAUGCCCGCCACGGCGCUUGCAUCACUGUCUGUCACUCCUAUUCCCUUUCCAGAACAGGUGAACUCCCCAGACGCUCCGCAUUCUGGAAACAAAUCCCACAACACUACCGACGGCAAUAUCUCUUCCUCGCAAGCCUCAGCUUCUCGCGCUGCGUCAGAAAACCCAAAGGACGCCACUAACGGCACUUCCUCUGACAACUCGGACACCGACUACGUCGACGAGAGCGCCAUUGACGACGAGGAUGAUUCUUCCGACUGGGAAGACGCGAUCGAAGAUAGCAACAAGUCUAGCAUUGACGAGAAGACCUUCUUUCAGCGCGUCGACUCCAAGGUCAACCUGAUCUCGCGCGGCUCUCUCAUUACCCUCAUGAUCGAACAGCAGAGAGAACGCGGCCGGGCUGGCAACGUUCCCUCUCAGUCUACUUCGGCACUGCCUUGGAAUCGCACCAGCCACCCAGCCCCGCCUACCUUGGCUGUCUCUCCAAACGAUUCCGACGAUGCUCCUUUGAUGAUGAAGCGUGGCAACCGCUCGUCGCCUCCGAAGUCCAUCGUCAAGGUGCCCCGGUCCGCGGCUCAGCCUAUCCUCGCAAGACCCAGCGAAAGCUGUCCGUUGAUCCCCACAUCCCCCCGAACCACACGACGCAACAUGCUCGCGACGGAGCUUACCGAGUCUCUCCGACGGAACCUGCUCUGGGAGCAUCAACAAAAGUGCUCUACUGCCAACGCAGUCCUCAAGCGCCGUCAUACCUCCCCCGACGUCACGAAUCUGAAUCAGAACUCCGAGAAGACCUACAUGAACAACAAUGAGGAUCUUUCCAUCGCUCCCCAGUACGUCUCCGAGUACUAUUCCAAGGAUUACCACUCAAAGGGCUGGUGA